ACUCAAAUUUCUAUAUUACUUUGAUUGAAAGAAAACACCAUGAGAGUUUUGAGCUUAGCCAUUAGGGUUUUGGUGUUCAUCUUGUUUGUGGGGUGGCUUUUUAUUUGGUUCAUGAUGCCCACUAAUACUUAUAGACAUCGAUGGCUCCCCAAAAUUCAAGACAAGAGUCGUCAUUCGUCCUAUUUUGGAUCCGAGGGAACUUCUCUUUUGAUGUAUACGUUCCCCAUUUUGUUCAUUGCUGUUUUGGGAUGUGUUUAUGUUCAUAUUGAACGAAGAUGCAAAGAACAAAACGUGAAAAUUAGAGGAAAUGAUAAUGGUUUGGCGAUGUGGAAGAGACCCGGGUUCGUGAAAGGGCCACUCGGGAUUGUGUCGUGGACAGAACUUGCGUUGCUGGCUAUGUUUGUGGCACUUCUAGUUUGGUCAUUUGCUACAUAUUUAAACAAUAGCUACCACAACGAGAAUGAGUGGGAAAGUAGAUUGGGAACUGCAGCGUAUUGGCUUGGAGUUGUUGGGAAUAUUUGUUUGGUGUUUUUGUUCUUUCCGGUGGCACGCGGGUCGUCGUUACUGCCGUUGCUUGGCCUCACGUCGGAGAGUAGCAUUAAGUAUCAUAUAUGGCUCGGUCAUAUGACGAUGGCGUUCUUCUCCGCUCAUGGAAUCGGCUUCGUUGUCUAUUGGGCUGCUACUCAUGAUCUUUCUCAAAUGCUUGAAUGGGCUAAAACAGAUGUAUCAAACGUAGCAGGAGAGGUAUCAUUAGUGUGUGGACUCAUAAUAUGGGCAACAACAUUCCCUAGCGUCCGAAGGAAGUUCUUUGAGCUCUUCCUCUACACUCACCAUCUCUACAUUCUCUUCAUCGUCUUCUUCAUCUUCCAUGUCGGCAUCUCCUACGCCUGCAUUAUGCUCCCUGGUUUCUACCUCUUCCUCCUCGACCGCUACCUCCGCUUCCUCCAGUCCCGCCGCCGUGUUCGCCUCCUCUCUGCUCGCCUCCUCCCCUGCAACACACUCGAGCUCAACUUCUCCAAACACCCAGGAUUGAAGUACACCCCUACGAGCACUCUGUUCCUGAACAUCCCCUGCAUCUCGAAGCUCCAAUGGCACCCGUUUACCGUCACAUCCCACGCUGACUUAGAACCAGAGACACUCUCCGUCGUCAUCAAAUGCGAGGGAACAUGGUCCACCAAGCUUUACCAGACGCUUUCUUCGCCAUCCGCCAUUGAUAACCACCUCCAAGUCUCCCUCGAAGGCCCCUAUGGCCCUGUUUCCACUUCCUUCCUCCAAUUCGACUCUCUUAUUAUGAUCAGCGGCGGCAGUGGCAUAACCCCUUUCAUUUCCAUAAUCAGACACCUCAUUCAUAACUCCAAUUCCCAUCAACAAAUCCCCAAACUCCUCCUUAUCUCCGCCUUCAAAAACUCCUCCGAGUUGACCUUCCUCCACCUCCUCCUCCCACUCUCUGGCGCCAACACUCUGGAGAAUUUCCAAAUCGAGGCCUAUGUGACGAGAGACAAAUCCCCUAAAGACGAAAACCCACAAUUCAGAACGGUGAUUUUUAAACCCCAUGAAGGGGAUUCCCCUGCGACGGCGAUUUUAGGGCCCAAUGGAUGGCUAUGGCUAGCGGGGAUUAUCUGUUCAUCAUUCGGGAUUUUCUUGGCUCUAAUGGGGAUUGUGACAAGAUAUUACAUAUACCCAAUUGAUGGGAAUUCAAACGAUGUGUUCAAUUUGAGUUUGAGGUCGUUUUUACACAUGUUGGGGCUGUGUUUAUGCAUUGUCAUAGCGGCGACUGCGGCGGUGAUUUGGAACAAGAGGAAACUAGCGAAGGAAGGCCGGCAGAUUCAGAACGUCGAAGGGACUACGCCGAAUGCGUCUCCAUCGGCAAUGGGAUUUGACAACGUUGGCGAGAUGGAAUUGGAGAGCGUUCCAUUUGAAGCUCUUGCACAAUCUGUUCAUGUUUAUUAUGGGGAAAGGCCCAACCUUCCAAGAAUUUUACUAGAACGCAAAGGGGAAAACGUGGGAGUUCUUGCAUCAGGCCCCAAGAAGAUGAGGCAAGAAGUUGCAGCCAUUUGCGGCUCUGGUUUGGCUCCAAAUCUCCAUUUUCAGUCCAUCAGCUUCACUUGGUGAACAAUAAUCCAAUACCCAUAACAACCUUCUAAUCAUAUGUGUUUUUGUUUUUGUGUUUUUGUGUUUUUUUUUUUUUUUGGUUUUUUGUGUCAAGUGAAGAUGAAAUGUCUGAAUUAGUUUGUUUCACUUUUUACAAGCAUUUAAAUCGUUUCAUGAAAACGCGUUCCGGUCUAUGUUCCACA